AUGUUCGUUGGUGGUCUCAACUGGGAUACCGAUGAAGAAAGUCUUCGGCGCUACUUUGGACAGUUUGGCCCCGUGACAUCGUGCACUGUGAUGCGCGAUGGAGCCUCGGGUCGUUCGCGUGGAUUUGCCUUUGUCACAUUUUCAGAUCCAAAGUCAGUCAAUGCCGUCAUGGUGCGCGAACACUUCCUUGAUGGCAAGAUCAUUGAUCCGAAACGAGCCAUUCCUCGACCUGAACAAUCCAAGACACAGAAGUGCUUUGUUGGUGGUCUUCCGCAGACAGUGACGCAAGAUUCGUUCAAGCAGCUUUUCCAGCAGUUUGGGCAUGUCUUGGAUAGCACAGUGAUGAUGGACAAAGAUACUGGCCGUCCUCGUGGCUUUGGUUUCGUGACGUUUGAAAAUGACGAUGGUGUCGAAAACACGCUGGCUCAUCAGCCGCUUCUGCUCGAUGGAAAGCAAAUUGAAGUCAAGCGGGCACAAUCUCGUGGUCAACCUCAACCGAAUGCUGCACCAAACCGCUUUUCAUCGGACCCAGCACGUGGGAGCAAUGCUCAAGCACCCCUCCGGAUGUGGGGCUCAAGCCCGGCUGCUGCAAGCAUGCCUGGUAUGGCCGGAAUGGCCGCUAUGCCAAGUAUGGCGGGUAUGGCCAGUGGUGCUAUGGCUCCUGCUACGGACGGUGCACGCUCGCCAGCAACGGGUGCCAUGGGUGCUGGCGGAUUCGAUCCACAGGCUAUGGCAAAGAUGUAUCAGCAAAUGGGCUGGGGCAGCUCGGCGUGGAACCCGCAGCUUAUGUGGCAGCAGAUGAUGGCUGCUUACAUGGGCACGGCAGCUGCUGCCAGCGGAGCGAAAGGUGGCGCCAGUCCUGGCUGGGGAGCCGGUGCGCAACAAGGGAACGCGAAUGCAGCGUAUAUGCGCUCGGCGUAUGGCGCUAAUGGUGCAGGCCAACAGGGAUCGUCCGAUGCUGGAUGGGGUGGUCGUGGCCAUAGUGGCGCACCUUCCGACGACACUCGUGGACGUGGGGGUGGCCACGCACCUAGUGCGUAUCAUCGCGAGAGGUCUCCAUCUCGUGGCUCGCGGAACUACGACGAUCGUGGUAGUCGCUUUUAG